UGCUACGAUUACUUUAGCCAUUUGCUGCGCACAUCUCGGUGAGCUCGCUGUCACAGUGCACUGGUGGCGGCGGCGGCGGGCAGGACGAAGGGAAGAUGGCACCGCCGCGGCGCCUGUGCGUGACCGGCGGCGGCGGGUUCAUCGCCUCGUGGCUCGUCAAGCUGCUCCUCUCCCGCGGCUAUGCCGUCCACGCCACCCUCCGCGACCCAUGUGACCCCAAGAAUGUCCACCUCAAGCAGAUGGACGAAGCCCGGGAGAAUCUGCACCUGUUCAAGGCCGAUGUGCUCGACUACGACACGCUAACACGUGCGUUUGAGGGGUGUGAGGGGGUCUUCCACCUCGCCACACCGGUGCCUGAAGAUAAGAUUGUUGAUCCUGAGUCAGAAGUAUUGGCUCCUGCUGUGAAAGGUACUUCAAAUGUGCUGAAGGCCUGCUCAGCUAUGAAGGUUCAGAAGGUUAUUGUCUUGUCAUCCAAUGCUGCUGUUGAUUUUAACCCGAAUUGGCCUCAAGACAGACUCAAAGAUGAGAGUAGCUGGUCAGACAAAGACUUCUGCCAGGAGAAUGAGGACUGGUAUUCUGUCGCGAAGAUUGUGGCUGAACAGGCAUCCUUGGAAUAUUCAGAGAAACAUGGAUUAAACGUUGUUACGCUUUGCCCUCCUUUAGUUUUUGGCCCAUUGUUGCAGCCAACUGUGAAUACAAGUAGCAAAUUCUUAAUCUAUGUUAUUAAUGGAGGCCCUGACGUGAUGAGCAACAAGCUGUGGCACAUUGUAGACGUCCGUGACGUGGCGGACGCCUUGCUGCUUGUGUACGAGAAGCCAGAAUCAUCUGGGAGAUACAUUUGUUCGCCGAAUAGCAUCUGCGCAAAGGACUUAGUGGACUUGCUGAGGAAGAUGUACCCACAGUACAGCUAUGUGAACAAAUUCGUUGACGUGGACCGUAAAGCGCCGCUGUCAUCGCAGAAGCUGAAGGGUCUGGGCUGGAAGCCGAGGAAGCUGGAGGAGACGCUCUCGGACAGCGUGGGCUGCUACGAGAAGGCCGGCCUUCUGCAGGGUUCCGCCGCGCGCCCUUGCCGGCUCCCGCAUCUGUUCCGUCUGGCUGGUGAUCAGUGAAUGAACCGUGGUGGCUGGUGCUUUGUUUGUUUUAUGGUUGAACUUCUGUAAGCUGUUGUGCCUUUGACGGAGUCUCGCAACAGCAACAAUGGCCGAACACCACUAGUGGCUGGGGCGUGCCAAAUGCGCUAUGCUUUGCUGCGUAACAGCGAUGAAAUAAAUAAAAUCUGUCCCUCGGCCUCCUCGUCCUGACGGCCGCAAUCCUGCUA